GUGGAUAGAUUGUCUGUCUGUCCCUCAUUGUGUGUACUUCACUCCUCUACCUUCCUACUGAAUAUUUGUCUGCUCCUGUAGGCCAUACUCGUCAGUCAUCCAGGAGAUGUGCGUAUAGCCUCACGCUGGCUGUGAAAUAGGUGCUCCCUUUCGCUGGGACGUCUAUCUGAGAGUAUCAGAAUAGAUUCGUUUUCGGCCAUCACCCAGACACCGAGUUUUUCUGGUUUCUUUCCGAAUCAUCGACUACCACUCUUUUCUUUCAAAAUGGCUCCCUCACUAAGAGACCACUCAUCCUUCGUUCGCCCGUCCACUCGGGACCGGCCCGUGACCAGAGACCAGGCCGAUAAUUCUCUCGUUAUUCCUAGUCGUACUUCAUCUUUACAUUCUCGUAUCACCCAGCCAAUUCCUUCGACAUUGAACUUGAAGCCCGCACAACGCACGCCAAAGACAUUGACCCAUGCCUAUAUGGUCUGUGGUGUCGGUCGGGAGCCGUCCCAAUGGGUCAAGGCUCCCGCACCCAUCCAAGGAAAGAUCCAGCAUAUGAAGGGCGCAGUCGGCCAGUUCUGGCUGCCUGAAAUCCUUGGUAGCAGCCCUCGGCUGGAGCAGGAUAAUGAAAUUGCGCGAUCUUUACACGCUGCCAUGAGGGCAUGCUUCCCUCAUGAUGUUGAAAUAUGCACAGGCAAAUCUCAGCCCCACUGCGUUCAUCACUCCUUUGUACUCCAACAGGACUCGUCCCACACUCUGUACGGUAUCGCACUGCGUGUCUGGUCUCGCGCCGACGAGAAGCGUGCCGAAACCAUUCGCGACCUGCGCAAGAAGACCGAGUCCGAUUACUACGACAAUCCCGACGAAACCUACUGGAUUCCUUACUGUUUGAGUUUCUUGUCUCGUUAUCCCCUUUAUGAUCUUCUAGGAGAUUACCUCCGUGGCAUGUGGAUUCACUGGAACAAAGCCACCAACCUAUUCCACGCCGAGGAAGUCUCUCGCAUCUUGAGCUUCCCCGCUCCUCGCCUGAAUGAUUUAGUUCGAAUUGAUAUGAAAGACUAUGCACUAUGCUAUCAAUUCCCAUCUUCGCCAACCGGAUUUCAGAACUUUUCCAUGUGGCCGUUGUUCAACUGUCUCUCCAUCCCUAAUAUUGUAGGCGUCAUUGAGGCAGCUGUUUCCCCGACUCGUCGUAUUAUCUUUGUCAGCCACUAUCCCGCCAUGCUCACUAUUGCUGCCGAGACUAUUCGAUUCUGUGUUCGUGUCUAUGAAUGGAGUGGCCUUUAUGUACCAGUGGUGCAUGCUCGCCACGCCAAGGAGUUGGUCGAGGAGCCCGGUCCGUACAUUCUCGGUAUCUCCCCUGAGUGCCGUUCCUUGUUUACCGCACCAUCAGAUGCUUUGGUUGUCGAUUUGGACCGAAACUUUGUCCUCACUUCUAGCCCACCAAACGUUCUCACUCCGGGCCAGCGUACCAAAUUCAUCAACCGUUUGACUCAGGCCUUGAACGGUGAAGUCACCCCCUCUGGUGUGCCCCAGCAUUUGCGUUCUGCAUAUGGCGGCGGCAAGUUGAUCCCAGCCGGCCAGAUUAUUGUGAUGAAGGGUGAAGUUGAGAGUGUUCAGGACCCUGCCUGGUGGAACCAAGAUGCUGUUAUGAGCGUGACUGACCACGUGUGUGAGAAACUUGGACGCAACACCGGUAUGAAAGCCAUCUUCGGUGGCUCUGUCAAGAAGCCACUCAUGACCAAGGUGUCGAUGAGACAUUUGAACGAGAUUGUUCGCGAGCGCAAUCAAUAUUCCCGAGAUACUGUGGAAGCUUGGCAGGAUUUCAUCAAUCUCAAGGGACGCAUGGACACCGAGAUUUCCAAGGUUACCAAGCGGAACAAUUUCUUGGUCGAAGAAUUGGAGACUUGGAAGCAGCAGUUCCUCAAAUUCCAAGCGUUUGCUGAACAACUCACGAAAGAGACUUCUGAGCUCAAGGUCAAGAUCGAAGGACACAAGCGUGAGAACCGCCGCCUCACUGGCCUUAUCGACACUCAAAAAGAUGACAUUACUCGUCUUACUCUUCGUCUAUCUGGCACCGAGAAGCAGCGGGAUGAUGCUUUGGAAGCCUUGGUUCUUCAGCAAGAAAUUGCCGAAGAGCUCGAGCGCGAACGUAAGCGCAACCAAAAGGAAAUUGCAUCCAUGGAGCACCGCAGUUCGGCUCUUGCCCGUCAACGCGACGAGGCUCAGAGAAUCGUGGUGCACCUGCGCAGCCUGAUCGAUGGCCAAACCCACCACAUGGAGCACAUCAUUCGCAACCUCGCCAGCUCUACUGAUCUUGGUGAAUAUAUUGACCAAGCCCUAGAAAAUUCAACCCAAGAGUCAAGUUCUACAGCAUCACCUACGCGGUCAAUGACAGAAAGUCCCAAACCCAUUAAGCGUCUAUCCCGACCUGGCUCUCGCGUCCGCCUCUCCAGUGCAUUCAACAGCCGCUCCAGCAGUGCAGCUGACAAUGUUAGCCCUGAGAUGGAGUCCGUCAUGGACAAGGCACAGCGACGUCUGUCGCAGAUGAGCAUGCCUGAUGUUGCUGACCGCUACCUGAAGGACAAGACAGAUGCCAUUGCUGCUAUCAUCCGCAAUAUUAGCGAGCAAUGCGCUGCAGCAGUUGAAGGAUUGCACCUUGCUCAAGAUGCUGAGAAUGAGGAGGCAGAGGCAGCCAAGGCCGAAGCUCGCCUUGCGCCGGCCAACUCGGCCACUCGUGAAGAAGGCAGCGACGCCGGCGAGAGCGAGAGCGGUUAUCUCAAUGCUGAGAAUCGUGUCUCCAGUAUCCCGCCUACGCCGGAUCUUGUCCACAACCGUUCUAGCACAUCCAUGUCAAUGGUCAGCACAUCGACCGUUGCCGAGCGAACGAGCCAGCAGUAUAACCCUGGAGAGAUCCCUACCAGGAUCGUGGAAGACGAGGAUGAGCACCUCCACGAGAUGGAAGGUUUCACCGAUCCCAAUGAAACUCCUACGGUAUCCAAGAAGCCAAGUCAGGGUGUUAUCAACGCCCCGGCUUCUCGUGUUAUUUCGUGAAGUUGAAUUCCAAUAUUCAAGUUGUAUGGCAAGAGAACGAUUAACGUGGUUGAAGUAGCAACCCCGUGUGGCGGUUGCAAACAGUUUUUGAGCUUUAAUUCCAGGCGUAGACGGGUUUGUCUUAUCUCUUUUUCUUUUUUUAUUGCUAUCUAUCCCACUUUCAAUAUCUUUUUUCAUUUUCUUGUUUACAUUUCUUUUCUUAUUUAUUCCCCGCAGAAAGUUCAAUUGAAGAACUUUUUCAGGUUUUGUAUUUUUGAUGCCAGAAUUGAAGAACUAUUUAGUGGA